AUGACGUGUUCCGUGGCACUGGUGGAAAUAGAACUAGUGUGGCAGAUGGUAUCCAGUGCCAGAGUUCAUAGGUCUCCAGAGCCUGGGGCAUCACAUCUUGAUCAGAUGGGCAGGACUGCACGGCGAGUGGAGAGCCUGGAUUUUGCGUUGAUACAAUAUCGGCACCUGUUUGGAGAGUUUGCAGGGUCUCGCCUUGCCUGUGGCUGGGAGCUCUGCUACAGCCAGGUUCUUCCCUGCAGCCUUCCCAUCCUGCUGGCUGACGGGAUGUUUGCUACCUUUGCUGCUAUUGAUGUUUAUCAGCCUGCCAUUCUGCCUCUAACUACCACGGGCAUUGCCUGCCCAGCUCCUGAGUGGCCUGCUGUGGUGAAGAACAGGAAGAGAGUUUGUUUGGAGCCCUGGGUUAUUGGCCUCAUCACCUUUAUCUCCCUGAUUGUCCUGGCAGUGUGCAUUGGACUUACUGUUCAUUAUGUGAGAUACAAUCAAAGGAAGACCUACAAUUACUAUAGCACAUUGUCAUUUACAAGUAACAAACUGUAUGGCGACUUUGGAAGAGAGGGUUCUAAAAAUUUCACAGAAAUGAGCCAGAAAAUUGAAUCAAUGGUGAAAGAUGCUUUUCAUAAAUCUCCAUUGAGGGAAGAAUUUGUCAAGUCUCAGAUUAUCAGGUUCAGUCAAGAGGAACAUGGAGUGUUGGCUCAUAUGCUGCUGAUUUUUAGAUUUCGCUCUACUGAGGAUCCUGCAACCACUGACAAAAUUCUUCAACGUGUUCUACCUGAAAAGCUGCAAGAUGCUGUAGGACCCCCUAAAUUAGAUCCUGAAUCAGUUGAAAUUAAAAAAAUCAACAAGACAGAAACAGACAACUUUCUGAACAAUUGCUGUGGGACACGAAGGAGUAAAACUACAAGUCAGAGUCUCAGGAUCGUCGGUGGGACACAGGUAGAAGAAGGUGAAUGGCCAUGGCAAGCUAGUCUGCAGUGGGAUGGAAUCCAUCGCUGUGGAGCAACUUUAAUUAAUAGCACAUGGCUUGUGAGUGCUGCUCACUGCUUUAGAAUGUAUAAGGACCCAGACAGAUGGACUGUUUCCUUUGGAGUAACAAUAAAGCCUCCAAAGAUGAAGCAAGGCCUUCGAAGGAUAUUUGUCCAUGAAAAAUAUAAGUACCCAUCACAUGACUACGAUAUUUCAGUUGCAGAGCUUUCUAGCCCUGUUCCCUACACAAAUGCAGUACAUAGGAUUUGUCUCCCUGAUGCAUCCUAUGAGUUCCACCCAGGCAAUGAGAUGUUUGUGACAGGAUUUGGAGCACUGCAAAAUGAUGGUGGUAGUCAAAAUCAUCUUUGGCAAGUACAAGUGGAUCUCAUAGACACUCAAACCUGUAACGAACCCCAGUCUUACAAUGGUGCCAUAACUCCUAGAAUGUUAUGUGCUGGCUUCUUGAAAGGAAAAAGAGAUGCGUGCCAGGGUGACUCCGGAGGACCACUGGUUAGUCCAGAUGCUAGAGAUAUCUGGUACCUUGCUGGAAUAGUGAGCUGGGGAGAUGAAUGUGCACAACCUAAUAAGCCCGGUGUUUACACUAGAGUGACUGCUUUCCGGGACUGGAUCCGUUCCAAAACUGGUAUCUAA